UGUUGUUGAGGCGGCAGGCGGCCCAAGAUGGCGGCGGCCGUGGGGUGGGCGGAGCGGAGGGCCCGCGGCGGAGAGGAGCCCCGGAGAGAGCGGGGGCCGGGCCGGGUUGGCACGGAGAGGAGCGAGAGGCGGAGGAUCGAGCUGCCGGAGGAAGAGAUCCCCCCUGGGGGCCAUGAGGACGGCUUCACGGCUGAGCAUCUGGCUGCCGAGGCCAUGGCAGCAGACAUGGACCCCUGGCUGGUCUUCGAUGCCCGCAGCACCCCACCUUGCGAGCUGGACUCCUGGCUGGCUGCCUACCCUCCUUCCCGUGUCUCUCGCUACGGGGGCCCCAGCGCCCCCAAUCCCAAGCCUGUCGGCUGGAUCGCUGUCUAUGGGCCUGAUUUCUCCCCUGGAGCCGGGGAUGUCCAGGGACUCCAGGGGGCUUGGGAAGCCCUGCAGGCCAGCGGGCGGCCCAUCACACCUGCUAUCCUUCGGGAGUUGGCCCUCACCCACCAGGUCCUGACUGGCAAGUGGCUGAUGCACCUGAGCCCUGGCUUCAAGCUGGACCACGCAUGGGCCGGCAUCGCCAGGGCUGUGGCAGAGGGGAAGCUGCAAGUGGCCAAAGUGAGCCCCCGGGCCCAGGAAGAAGAGCGUCAGGUGAUCUGCGUCUACACAGAGGACUUCACAGACCAGGAGGGAGUGCUGAAGGCUGAUGCUGCCAUCCGUGCAGCUGGAGUUAAGUGCCCACUGACCUACAAGCCAGAUGUCUACACCUACCUAGGAAUCUACCGAGCUAACCGCUGGCACCUGUGCCCCACCCUCUAUGAGAGCAGCUACCACCUGGAGAGCGACCCCCACUGCUCCCGAGUCCUGGACCGGCUCAACAAUACAGCGCUGACUUAGCCGGGGUGGGUGACCUGGUGCUGGAAGCCGAGACACCUGGGGGUGGAGAGGGAGGAGACAAUCAUUCUGGCCGGCCUUCUGGGGCAGUGGACUUUGGGGGCUGAGAUCUGGCCCUUAACUCAGCCCCGACAGCAGGGCUGCCUGCCUUCCUGGCUUUGGGGACCAGUCUCAGGCCUCAGGAAAGGGGAAGGGGUGCAAAUGCCACUCUCCCAACCAUCUGGAGGGGAGAGAAGACUGAGACAUGACAUCAUUCCCCACCCCACCCCUUCCUGGCAUUGGCCCAGCCGAUGGAGGGCAAAAGGGACCCUCUUCCUCAGAGCUUGUUACUUGCCCAGAGCCUCACCUGGGUUCCCUCCCUCUGCUUAGAGCUGCUCCACCCCAUCCCUGCCUGGCACAGCACCAAAGAGUUGGUGGAGUGUUGCAUCCCAGGAGUUGUAGUCCCGACCGUGGCUGGGGCCAUCAGGAGGGGCCCGUGGAGUGGGUGUCUGCUGCUCCCUGCUCUGCCUGCAGUUUCUUACACCCCCAUUCCUAUACUAUUCUUUUUCUUGCUUCAAUAAAGCCCACCUUUGUUUUCAGCCCGCCCCUCCCCCCUGGUUCUCUAGUUCACAGAGUCAGGUGGCAGCUGGUCCACAUAGAUGUGAUAAGGAAUGAGGUUAGGGGGCCUGCUGGGACCGAGGGAGCGACGGACUAACCUGGGACCAAGAGCUGGGGAGCCACAGGCCUGACCAUGCACUUCUGCUGCUCAGCCACGUCUGCUGGCUCCCAUCACCUCCAGGAUGGAUUGAUAAUGCUCUGUCUGGCGUGAAAGCCCUUCACGAGCUCUUCACAAGGUCUCUUCCUCCCUUUCCAGUCUUAUACACUUGAUCCCCUCCCUCAAACCCCAUAAUCCAGGUACUGGCCUGGCUGUUCUCACACAGGUGGCACCAUCUCCCGACUCCAGGCCUUUGCAUUGGCUGUGCCCCAUGCCUGGAGUGCUUUCUCUUCACCUUUGCCUCCUGCCUCCCCUGGCACCUUCACUGCCUUCCUUCCUUUUACAUUGUAUAUGUCUUGUGUCUACGUAGUUGUUAACAUGUUGUCUCUUCCAUUAGAAUGUGAGCCCCUUGAGGGAAGGGACCUUAUUUUUUGGCUUUUCUUUGUAUCUGCAGCACUUAGCACAUUGCCUGGUGCCUAGUGAGCCCUGAAUAAAUGCUUGUUGACUUGACUGAUUCCUGUGACAGGUUUGCUCGCUGCCUUAUGGUACCUAUGGGUACAUAUACAGAGAGCUUUCAGUCUAUCCUCAUUUGAGCCCUCCCCCCACACCCCACAGCCCUGUGAAGUAGGGAGCGUAGCGAGUAUCCCCAUUUCAUGGAUAAGGAAACUGAGGCACAAAGGGCACAUAACACAGCUGCCAGGGUUGGGACUCAAACCUAUGUCCUCUAACUUCUGAUCCAAACCUCUUUCCAUGCUGUAACAUCUGCCUCUCAGGGCAAAACUUGGUUUACUUCAACAAGCAUUCCCAGUAAUAUGCACAAGCUCUGUGCCCAGUGCUGGGAAUACAAAGAAAAAUGAACAGACCAGCGCCCUCAAGGAGCUUCUUUUCUACACUAUUGACACAGAGAGUGUCCUCUUAAACUGUUUUGUACCCACCAGUUGGGCAUCAUCGCAGGCUGCCCCUGAGUUAAGCCUCAAAGGCGGGGGUGGUGAAGAAGGGAGGCAGUUCCAGCCUAGGGAGGGUUCUGAACAGGGAGAGAUUUCAAGUCACCUUUUGGCUAAUUUUUGAUGUGGCAUGUGAGAAUCAUAUAGGGAUCCUUGAAGGACACAAUAGUAGAGUCCCAUUUGGUUCAGUAAUCCUCUGAUGAAUGCUGAGAAAUGGAUGCUCCCCACCAGAUGUGUUUGCUACAUCCUCCCUGCCCCAGAAUCCAGGUGGAAGAGGGAUCCCUUCCCUUGAGUCAAUGGCAUCUUCUAGAAUCUGGAUGCUCCACUUGGCAGAGUCUGUUGACUGCAGUGAGCUCCUGCAUGUGGCUGAGCUUCCUCAAGGGCUCACAUAAUAACUAUCUAGAUGGGAAAAACCAAGUGGAUGAAACCUGCCUGUUGUCUGGGCUGACACGUGUUUAGGUGGAGGGCCCAUAUCUUGGCAGAUGCUGCAAUGGUCUCAGCCAGGCCCCAAACUGACUAGAACAGUAGGCUGAUUUUUAUUUGGAAAAUUGUACAAUCCUUUUAAUGAUCCCCAAGGUUCUCACCAAAACAAAGUGGAAAAAAAAACCACCUUUCUUUAAAUGCCAAUGUGCUUCUAGUCAGCUGUAUGGCUAAGUAUUAUGGAAAACUGUCAUCUCCCAAAACAUCAAAAUUGCAGGCCACCCAAAGAGCCAUUAGAGGCUCUUGGUAGUGUAAUGGAUAGAGCCGUGGGCCUGGAGUAAGGAAGACCUGAGUUCAAAUUCAGUCUCAGACACUUACUAGCUGUGUGACCCUGGGUAAGUCACUUAAGCCCUGUUUGCCUCAGUGUCUGCAACUGUAAAAUGAAGAUAAUGGUAGUACCUGCCUCCCAGGUGUCACCGCUUGAAUCAUGUGCCCUUAAAUACAUGUUUUUCUGGCCCUUUUGGAAGGAUCGCUAAGCCAGAGCAUGAUUUUUUUUUAUUUUUAAAUUUGAUUGCUAACCUUCUAUUUGGACACCACAGAUCUUUCCCAGUGAGCACCUCACUGUGCUCUUUAACCUGGUGCACUCCCCUGAUUGAUAAGUCAGGGAGAUAUGUCCCGUAACUGGCGGCUGAGUGAAAAUUCUGACGAUUAUCCCGGCCUUGAGUUCUUUGCUUUUCUGCAGUGACACCAUUGGCACAAUUUUGACCCUGUUUUCCUUCAUCAGUAUCGCUUCCUUUUUUCCCCGGGAUCCUCUGGAUUUUUCAGAUAUAGCAUUCCGUCACAGACCAGCCCCUAACUGUUGGGCACAUAUCUCGUUUAUCACAAAAAGUGCUCCUGAUAUGCCAGUUUUUCUUGCUGUCAGUAACCUCCCAGAAGUAUCGUCCCAGUCACGGGAUUUCAGGGUUAAAGGGGAUGAACAAUUUAGUGACUUUUUUUGCGUAGUUCCAAUAUUUGCCCCAGAGCAGUGGGACCAAUUCACAGCUUCACUACCAAUUAAUUUAAAUUAGUUUGCCUACCUUCCCCCAACUGCUCCAGCAAUGAAAUUGGCCAUCUUUUAGCAUCCUUGCUGCCUUAAGGCAAAAUUCAUUCAAAAUACAUUUAUUGUCUAAUUGGUGUCUCCGGGUUACAAUUUGUACUUAUUUGAUUAUUUGUGAUUUGGAAAUUUUGUUCAACUGGUUGUUGAUCAUUUGUAUUUCUUUCUUGGUAAACUUCUCUGUUGAGGUUCUUAAACAUCUCCUCAUGUCAGUUCUCCACAGGCUGUAUUUAUCGAAUUUUUGUCAAAUAUUUAAUGGAAAGAUUUUCCCACAUCCAUAUUUUUUCUCUGAUUCUACCUGCAUUGAUUUUAUUUGUGCAAAAUAUUUGCAUUUUAUAUAUUUGUGAUUCUCCAUUUUGUCUUUUAUGCCUUGACUGGUUAUGAAUUUUAUUCCUGCUCGUAACUAUAAAAGAUUUAACUUUC